UCCGACAAAGACAAAGUGGAUCCAAAAGACUAUACGAUAGCGAAUGUCAAAUACGAUAGUGUCAUAAAAAGACCUGGAGACAUUGCUGGACAACAGUUUAUUGUGGAAAAUUGCGAGUUUGCCAAUAUCGGACUCUUUGAUUAUAUCAAUACUAUAACCAUUGAUGACUCCCAUCUAAAUGUUGUGCUCCGAAACUGCAUCAGUUGUCGUAUAAUGUGUUGCUCUCAACAGUUCCGAUCCAGAGAUUGCAAAAACAUUGAAAUAUUCUUAUACUGUGCCACACAACCGGCCAUUGAAUCCUGUUAUGACCUCACAUUUGGGUGCUUUUCCGCCAAUUAUAAAGGAUUAGAGGAUCAAUUCAAAAAAGCCAAUCUCUGUGUAUUGAACAACAAUUGGACUAAUAUUUAUGACUUCACUCUUAAUGAUGAGGAACAGCAUUGGAGUCUAUUCUCAAACACAGUGAAAGCUGAGGACUAUUUCUCGGGAAUUCCGAGUGAUAAUGAUAUGGACCUAUCAUUUAAUUGGAUGACAAGUGUUGUCCCGAAAACAUUGGGCUCAAUGCCGACGGCUAAUGGCAUCAGUGGAGAG